AUGGAGGACAUCUUGAUCUUAAGGGUCUACAAGUCCUUGGUAGGUGUCUUGGGCCUACUGGGUAAUUUUCUAGUCUGCGUGGUCAUCUUGAAGGUACGGGCCAUGCAAACGCGUACGAACGCGUUCAUCUUCAACCAGGCCGUGAUCGAUUUCUUCGGCUCUGUGGUCAUCAUCUUGCAGACGGAUGUGCCGCUGCCUGAUCCUCUUCCCAAUGACGCCAGAGGUUGGAUCUGGUGCCAUAUCUGGAUCUCCAACUUCAUGAUCAUCAUCUUCUUUGUCUCCUCUACCUUCAACCUGCUGGCCCUGACUCUAGAACGCUACUUCGCCAUUGUGCAUCCCUACAAGUACCAGGCUACGUUCGCUAAAUACCCGCGACUGAAGGUGGGUCUGACCAUUGCGUUCUGCUGGACCUUCGGCGUGCUUAUCAAGAUCUACACCAUCAUGAUCGUGGAGAACACUCCGGACGGUAGAUGCACCCCACGCCCAAUCCCCGGGUCUCAAGCUAUCGGCAUCCUGACGGUGUUCAUCCAAUAUAUCCUACCAGUAGGCGUCAUGUUGUUCGCCUAUGUCCGUACCAGUGUCGAGUUAAAGCGUCAAGCCAACCGGUCCGGCCCGUCGACCGUUGCUACUGCUCCAGGGGCCCCAGAGAGCAUGAGCGAUUCCUUACUGAGAGCCCGGCGCAACACCUUUAAGACCCUAAUGAUCGUCUUUAUCACUUUCCUGGUCUGCUGGUCUCCUAACCAGAUCAUCUUUCUGCUGUGGAACUUCGGCUGGGGCGCCAAGUUCACCGACUGGUACUUCCUUCUGUCCCUAGCCCUGAUUGCCAGCAACUCCUGCGUGAAUCCUUUCAUCUACGCUCUCAAGUACAAGCAGUUCAGGAAGGGACUGCUGCAGAUACUCGGCAAGAAGUCGGUCCAGGUAGAGGCUGCCUAA